AUGCGAGCCAUAAUAAUCCUGUGUCUGCUGGAAGUAGCGAUCUGCCGGGCUGAUGAGUUCUCCUGGAACGGAAAUGGCGCUGAAAAUGACGUGAGAUCCAGUACAGAAAACGUGUGUCUCACGGACCCGGCGUCUUGUGGCUGCUGCCUGAUGCAGCAACAGAUACACAGGAUGAAGCAGUUCUUCAACACGAGCCUCAAUGAGCUGGAGAAGGAGCUGACGAAAACGAAGACCGUCCUUAACAAUGUCAGAGCCAGCCGCAGUGCCUUCUCCGUCGCUCUGACCAAUGAAGGCAGCUUGAAGUGCAUAGGCCCCUACCGCGACGACAAGAUCAUACCCUACAAACACAUCUUCCUCAACCUGGGCGAUGGCUACAGUCCUGAGACCGGCAUCUUCACCGUUCCCCGCUCGGGUGUCUACAGCCUCGCCCUCACCAUCUUCAGCGACGCCGGCUCUCCUGGUAACACCUUGGCCGCCUGCGCCUCGCUGCAGGUCAACAACAAAGUGUUGGCCGGACCCAGGGAGAUGAACAUGCAAGACCAAGAGGACAGCUCCACUAUUGUUGUGGCCGUCCACCUGAAGGCUGGCGACCGCGUGGCCGUCAACCUGCCCAUUGGAUGUUUCCUCUGCGACGACAGCAGCCACUACAACACUUUCACUGGUUUCCUGCUUUAUUCUACUGACUAA